AUGAACACAAAGGGGCUCGAGGCGAUGGUGCCAAAGAUGAUCGAUGAGGCGACAGCAGCCUCCUGGCCGCGCGAGGCGGGAGAGGCGGAGGAGUACUUUCGCGAGUGGGGCAACGAGGGCGAGGUCGAGAUCCGGAAGGUCUUCUCGGAGCUCAUCAUCAUGACCGCCUCGUCGUGCCUCAUGGGCCCCGAGAUCCGAGAGAACCUCUCCUCCGAGAUCGCGCGCAUCUACCACGCCCUCGACGGCGGCCUCACGCCGCUCUCGACGCUGUGGCCCGCCGCCCCCACCCAGAAGCACAAGGAGCGCGACGAGGCGCGCGCGCCCCAAGCCACUCGGGCGCGCGCCGAGAUGGUUGCAAUCUUCUCCAAGAUCAUUGCCAACCGGCGGAGCGGCGCCGUGCACUCGUCCGGCGUUCGCCAGCCUCGCGCCGUGCAGUCGGACGACUUUCUGCAAAAGAUCAUCGACUUUCGGUACAAGGACGAGGUGGACGGGAGCGGGAAGGUGGUCAAGGAGGGGCGCGGCUUCACCGACUCAGAGUCGAUCUUUAUCAUUCUCAUUUAA